AUGCCCGGUAAUUUGUUUGUCAGAAUAAGUACAUUAGCAGAACUAUUCUUGAGCAAUAACAACAUUCAAACAAUCGAUAGUAACGCUUUUAAGAGUUUAGAUUCCUUAAAAAUACUAAAGCUUGAUAAUAACGCCAUCACUAAAAUCCCAUACAAUACCUUGAAGAAUCUAAAGCAGAUCUCAACAUUGUAUCUUAAUUUUAAUAAAAUUAAUCAAAUUCCGGACAGCGCAUUUACUGGAGCUAUUAAUUUAAAAAUCCUGGAUUUACAAUCAAAUCGUAUUGCAGCCAUUAGCAAGAAUUUAUUGCAGCCUGCUAACUUAUUAAAAUUGAUCUCGCUAAACAGAAAUCGUAUCACUAACAUUGAAGAUGGCUCUUUUAAUUCCAAUCUUAUGCUGGAACACAUGCUGCUGUCUUCUAAUCGCCUUACUGUUAUUAAGGACAAUACACUUAAAGGCUUGAAUAAUCUCGUCUUCAUACAUAGCAACUUUUCUAAAGCCUGCUGUGGCAUUCCAGCAUCCGUUACUUGCAUGCCACGCGUGCCUGCCAAUUGUGCGGGAAAUUCUGGGACUACAUGUUUAAAUGUUAUGGCAACUCCACCGCCAGCAUCUGGAAUGUGCAGUAGGAGGUAA